AUGAAAAUUCCAAUUGAUCCAAGUAUUUGUCAACAGUGCGAAAGUCAGCCAAAUUUGGUAACUAAAGAAACUUACCACAUUUUACGCAAAAUGGAACCAAAAGGUAUAUUAAGAAAUAAAGAUGAAACUGAACCUUAUCAUUCAAAUAGUGAUGAAUUGGACCGUAAGGAAGUUAUAAGAAAUACCCAACUCAAUUCCCAUAUGAAUAACGAAACUUCAAAAGGUGAUAAAAUUAGAGCUCAAAUCAAUCAAGCCAAGAGAGAACAAGGUUUAGAUGUUGAUGACAAACAUGCAAAAUGGGAUGAAAUAAGUUUGUAUAAGAAUGAACAAGAAAGAAGUGCCACCAUGAAAAUAGAUGAACCCAAAACUCCUUAUGAGGGAGGUUUUGAUCCUAAUGGUGAAUAUUACCAAGAAGAUGAAAUACCCAAUUUCGAAUUAGGUGAAGGUGCUCAAGUCAAUCAUGAAAAUGCUCAAUCUCUUGAAGGUGGAGAGGUCUUGAAGAACGAAGAUGAUGAUGAAGAAGAAGAGGAAGAGGAAGAACCUAAGAAACCUCUCACAGCAGAAGAAAGACAUCAACUUUUUGAACAAAAGAGGAAACAACAUUAUCAUAUGAAAGCUGAUGCUUUACACCAUAAGAUUCAAAUUGAUGAUGAAGAUGACGAAUAG